AUGAAAUAUUCAUCCAACGAAAAUGAAUUGGAAGAGACUAAAUUCAUCAAUGGAAUUAGAAGAGAACAGCAACACGUUCACCUAGAUUUAAACGAAACGUGCCUGGGUAAGAAAGGAUGGAAGAAGUUGAGGCUGACCAUUCUCGUCGGAUUUUUGGUGGGAUUGGCUUCGUUGAUUGCUGCUGUAGUCAUUAUACUCCUGGCUCCAAAAUGUCCUUACCGACCCGACCUGAAAUGGUACGACAAGAACAUUGUGUACGAAAUCAUGCCCGAAUCUUUCCAAGAUUCAAGUUUCAAAAAUAAAAAUAUUUACCCUAAAAAAGGAGAUGGAGUUGGGGACCUCAAAGGAAUUUUGGCUCGUUUGGAUUACCUGAAGGAUAUUGGUAGCAAGGUCCUUUACAUCAACUCAAUAUAUGAAAGCAAUGAUGAGGAUCAUAAAGCAAUUGUCAAUCAUACAAAAAUUGAUGAAAUAUAUGGCUCUAUGGAAGACUUUGUAGAACUUUGUAAGGUCACUAAAGAGAUGAAAAUGCGACUGAUCAUGGACUUCAUCCCAAACCACACAGGAAAACAAAGCGAGUGGUUCUCAAGGAGUCAAAAUAAAGAAGGAAAAUAUACUGACUAUUACAUCUGGACCGUCUGUGAUCCACACACAUAUGGCAACUUAAUGGUUAUAGGUAGAGGAGCGUGGUCGUAUGACGACACCAGAAAGGAGUGCUACUUCCAUCAGUUGGAGAGCGACAAGCCAGACCUGAACCUCAGGAGCGCAGACGUCAGACAGGAACUUGAGAGCAUCUUGCGUUUCUGGUUAGACAAAGGAGUGGAUGGUUUUCAUGUUCAGGAUUUUCAGCAUCUCUACGAGGACGAAAUCCUGGGAAAUGGCACUCUUGUUAAUGGGAAGACAGACAGUAAUGCCAAGUUGCUUAAAGCCUGGAAGUCUGUGUUGGAGUCGUACAAUACCAAGCCAGGCAGAGAAAAGGCUCUUAUUGUGACGGCCAAGGAUGACCUGAACACAACCAUGGAUUACUUUGAUGCAGGAGUCACCAUUGUACGAGUCACCCCAUUGUCCGAGAGUGGGGCUUCAUUGACUGAGAGCAAUACUUCAUUGGCUGAACACAUGGAAACCAAGCUGAAAAAUGCCAACUCCAAUUUUAAGAGAAUCGGAUGGAUGUAUGGUGACAAAUAUUCCAGUCGAUUAACCAACAGUUUGGAUGGCCCAGUACAAAUUAAAGCUUUGUUGACUCUACAAGCCACUCUGCCCGGAGUCCCAUUUAACUACUAUGGGAACGAGAUCGGAAUGACUGACCACCCCACACUGUCUGCACCUAAGAAGUACAGGACUCCAAUGCAGUGGAAUUCUAAAGGAACAGGAUUCUCCCAAAAUACUCCAUGGGUGGAUCGAAAUCCUGACUACAUUACAGUCAAUGUUGAGACUGAAAAUGCCAUUGGAGAUGAAUACACAACACUUAAGGUGUACAAAAGGCUUCAGGAGCUGAGAGAGAACGAGUCUUUCCAGUGGGGAACAAUGAGUGCGUAUAGGGAUGGGGACCUCCUGAUGUACACCAGAAAGGCCGAUGGAUUCCCGGGAUACCUGGUGGCCAUUAACCUCGGAACCAGUAAGGUGACCGAAACUUUCCAUGCAGCCACCGGAAUUCCCAAGGCAGUCAAGGUGGUCUUCCAUACUCACAAGGACGACAACAGCGCCAUCAGUUUGUCAGAUACUCCCUACAUACUGGAUCCAAGUCAUGCCGUUGUUUUGGAAUAUCAAUAAAAUUUUAUAAUUUAGGAAAAACUGUUUUAAAAGACCAAGAAAACGAACUUAAUUUGAAUUCCGUUUUUUUAAAAGGCAAUUAAAAACACAAGCUUAUUUUGGAAUGAAUUUGGAAUUUUGAUCGGUUAAAAAGAUUGAAGUUAAUUUGAUUAUCAUAUUGGUAAAGAAAUAUAUUUUUCAAAAGUCGAGAAAAGACAUAAAGUUAUGUUUUGAAAUGUUAAUGUCCUUCUUACAAACUUACUACAAUAUUGACAUGAAACUAUUUAUUACUGAAUUACUUAAAAAAAAAGAGAUGGUCAUCAUGGAGUUGUUUCUUCUCUGUAUAAAUAUUGAUUAACACAAUGAUGAUGUAGCUGUGAAUCUUCUCCUUUUUCUUGAGAUAAUUUGUACUGUUUGUAUUUAUAUACAUGUAUGUAGGUAUAUACCAAUACAUUGUACCAACUUGCUGUGUGUUAGAGUCUGUGAGAAAGUGGUGUUCUGUCUGUAUACUAUAAAAAUAAAAAAUUGCAG